CUUUACCUUCCUAAACAAACUCCCCCGCAUCUCUGCGUUUUCCCCUGACAGGAGAGAAAAAUAAAAAUGGCCAAAACCAGAAAUCUGAAGCAGAGACCAUUUGCUUUUUUAGUUAAGCUUUAACCUCACUGGUGCUUAACUCCUCACUCCUUAGCCCGAACCCACGUUCCCAGAUCCUCCACCGAACCAUGGCUGCGGCCUUAGAGUGCUGGUCGAGCAGAGCCAGCACCGAUGAGGACAUGGUAGAGCAAGUCCUGAUGCGAACCCAAGAUAGAUCAGAAACAACCUUACAACCUGAAAGUUCCUCCUCCUUGUCUUCAAAUCUUCCAAUCAAAGACACAUCAUCCUCCGCGAUGCAGAAGCGGUUUCAGAGACUGAGUAGAAACGUGUUGGAGGCGAUUGCUUCGCUUAAGAACUCACUGAAUCUUGACUCGGCGCGUCACCCGCAAAUGCAGGUUCUGCAGCUUCAGCAGCAGCAAGCACCGCGACAAUUGAGUGAUAAUGGCAAUAAGAUUGAUGGUAGCAAGAAGGUCGUGUGGGCUAGUGUUGUAAGAAACCUCACGCAGCUGUACCCAGGUAGCCAGUUGCCGGAGAAGCUAGUAUCCAACAUUAGGAAGCAUUAUGAUUCUUUGCCUCUCAGCUAUGCACAAGCAGGGUUUGAUAUGAAAGACGUGUUUCUACACAUAAAGUUGAUAGAGCAGGUUUCGGUGGAUGAGCAACCAGCAAUAGUUAUACAGGAAGCAUCUGAUGAUGAGAUACAGGAUUCUGUAUUCAAGCUUACAUUUGUCUGUAACUCUUCGAUUUCAUGGCCUGCAAUGUCUAUUGCAUUAGAUAGCGCUUCUAUUUGCUGCAAGAAGAUUCAGAUCUUCGAAAAGAAGGGGUUUACUCUUGGGGUGGUUCUUCUUUUAGUUCAAGCUGGCCAAGAGAAACCGAUCAAAACCUGGGUUGAAAGUGCUUUAAAAUCGGCUAUGAAGAAGCCCAAACCAACUGCAGUGAAGCUUCCAUUUGGGCUUUGUGGGUGCCAGGAAGAGAAUACUAGAGGGAGAGAUUUUGGUGAAAUUGAAGAGGAUCCUAGUGAACAGAAUUACAGGAAUGGCACUGAGAAUUUGAGUGUGAAGAUUCAGCUUGAGAUGCCCUUACCAACUUCAUCAUUUGUUAUAUCAGUUGAUGAAUGGCAAACAAUUCAGUCAGGUGCAGAUGAGAUUGGGAAAUGGCUUUUGAACUCUGACAAUCUUGAGUUUAUUGAUCAGAUUGGACCAAAUUCUUUUAAGGGAGUUUACAAGGGCAAAAGGGUUGGAAUUGAGAAGCUGAAAGGAUGUGACAACGGGAAUUCUUAUGACUUUGAACUCCGCAAAGACCUUUUGGAGUUAAUGACUUGCGGACAUAAAAAUAUCCUUCAAUUUUAUGGUGUUUGUGUUGAUGAAAAUCAUGGCUUAUGUGUGGUAACCAAAUUGAUGGAAGGUGGCUCUGUUAAUGACUUGAUGCUAAAGAACAAGAAGCUUCAGACUAAAGAGAUUAUAAAGAUUGCUGCAGAUGCAGCUGAAGGGAUUAAAUUCAUGAAUGAUCAUGGUGUUGCAUAUAGAGACCUUAAUACACAGAGGAUUCUAUUGGACAGGCAUGGGAAUGCAUGCUUAGGGGAUAUGGGAAUAGUCACUGCUUGCAAGAGUAUGGGUGAGGCGAUGGAGUAUGAAACAGAUGGUUACCGAUGGCUAGCCCCAGAGAUCAUUGCUGGUGAUCCAGAGAGUGUCAUUGAGACAUGGAUGAGUAAUGUAUAUAGUUUUGGGAUGGUGAUUUGGGAGAUGGUGACAGGUGAGGCAGCUUAUGCUGCAUGUUCACCUGUGCAGGCAGCAGUUGGAAUAGCUGCAUGCGGCCUGAGACCGGAGAUUCCUAAGGACUGCCCACAAAUCUUGAAUUCUCUGAUGACUAAGUGCUGGAACAAUAACCCAAUAAAGCGUCCUCCGUUCUGUGAAAUUCUAUCGGAUUUAUUAAGGUUCAGCAACAACAGUACUAGGUAAAAGUUGAAUGUAGUUCGAUUAAUAUAAUAGAAUUGUGUUAAAAAAAAAUGCACCUUAUCAAGUGGGUGCUGUCAUGCAUAAUGUAGAUUUUGGAAGCUCAUACAGCAAAAAUGAAAAUAGAACUGUUCUUCCUUUUUUUCCCUCAUGAAAAUGAAAGAGCGUGAAGAAUGUGUCUUGAUU